AUGGAAGAAAUUAAGACGUGGGAUGAAGAAGGAACUGGUAGAAGGAACACAGACGGGAAGAAGAAGGAAAAGGGGCGGGAAGAAGAUGGAGAAAAGCGCGCCAGACCGGCUGGCCAACUCAAUUCGCCCGCCUCGCGCACCUGUCCGCUGACGUCAUCGCGCCGCGACGGCGGAGUGCGGCGUCUUCCCCGCCAAGUGCCUGCCCGCUGCCGCCGCCGCCUGGCAGCCGGCCGCCGCGGCCGCCACCGGUCCCUGCCCGCGCCCCUCCCCACCACACCCCUCCACUCCGCACCCCUCCCUUCCCCUACGCCCCACGCCCCUCUGGGCUCGCCGCGUACCCGCGCGUCGGAGUCUCUGGCGGGGGAGAGCAGUCGGCGGCCGGCUGUGGUGCGGAAUAGUGCGCCGCCGUCUCCAGUAGGGGAUCGACAGCUGCGCUCCGCAGUACUAGUAGUUGUAGUAGUUGCUUAG